AUUCUAUUAAGAUUGUUCGGAUUGAUGAGGCAGAGUUAAUAAGACAGCUUAAGAUUAAACCUACCAAUAUUGCCGAAUGGAAAAAAAGACAUUACAUAACAGGCUAUCUAAAUAAGAACCAGAAAGUGAAGAUAUAUGUAACUAGAGAACUCAAAUAUAAGCAUGACGAAACCUUAAUAAAUUGCGAUGUACCAUGUAUUUGGAAAGCAAAGGAAAUAGAAGAUUUAACGUCCGAAGAGCUUAAAAGUGCUGAUGGUCUUCUUUGUGUUGAUCAGCUAGGCUUACCAAAAGAGAAAGCAUGGAAAGGCCAAAAGUUCAUACAAUAUACUUUAGAACCUGAGACUUAUUUCCCACAAUAUCAUGAUAAAACCAACCCGUAUGAUAUCCGCGCAACUUAUUAUGAAAAUUCUGAUAUACCUACAAGUUAUGUUUCAAUGGACACCGAAACAUGGAGAUCAAUAGUUCCUUUUAAUAUAACAAAGCUCACCCCGAAUUCAACAUUUAUUUCGUUUAUCGCUUCUCAUUGGACUCAAUUCAGACGUGAAUUUAUUCCAAAUCUUGAGAAACAUAUUCCUGUCGCAUCCUUCGGUGGUGUUUAUCGUAACACCGAUUGGUAUCCUGAAUGCCCAUUGGAAUCAAAGAAUUGUAUCAUUUCUAAAUUUCCUUUUUACCUUGCAAUCGAAAAUUGUCAAGAAAAAGAUUAUUCUACUGAAAAACUUUGGAAUACGUUUAAUUUGGGUGUCGUACCCGUUAUAUGGGGUGCGCCUAAUACUCGUUUAUACUUACCGCAUCCUAAAUCUGCUAUUUUUAUCGAAGACUUUAAAGAUGCAAAAGCUCUUGCUGAUUAUUUGAAAUAUCUAGUUAAAAAAUGA